AUUACACAGGUAAACAAUAAAUAUUGGUUGAAAAGUGCGCUGGUUUGGCAAAAAAAUUUCACUAACAAUACAAUUGAUUUAAAGCUUUCAGAAAUAAUUAUCUUAAAUUGUCUGUCUUUUAUUGCGAAAGGCAAAACUCUUGGAGAGUUCCAGAAGCUGAGCAGGUGUGAGGUGUUUUCAUUUGCGUGGGUUAUUUGAUGUCUUUAUUUGGUUUAUUUGGUCAGCUGGUGGAUGUAAAAACAGUGACAGCUUAUCGCUAGACCGGUGGAUGUGUUGUUUUUAUGUUUGUUGUAGAAGGGGAGCAUUGAUGGUUUGUUUCUUUGCAUUUCAGUAAUUCCUGGCAAUUUAAGAAGGAGGCUGUUAGUUCCUACUUUGGUUCAUCAUUUGGCUCCGUGUCGGAUUUACAGAACGAACUGAUGACAGCAUAGAGUAAUUCUCGGGAGAGAUAAUUUGCUUGGUGAUAAGAUAAAGGUCAAAAAAGUAACUCUAUGUAAGUAAGCAACGGAGAGUUUUAAUUCGAUUAUUCCAUAACGCUUGUGAGGGAUAAUUUAUUGGACAAACGAAAAAGACAAAUUGUUUAUUCAAGUACCGUUUAUAUGGCGACGGAGGCUUUCAAUACGUCGUUUACAGGCUACAAUUCCACAAGAAAUGACAGUAAUACCACGUUAACGGCGAAUUACGGAGUUGGUCCCAUUGGAAGCGAGGAUAUCAAGCUCAUAGCUACCAUAUUCUUUAGUGUAAUAAGCGCGCUAGGAGUGACGGGAAAUCUUCUAGUCAUCAUUACACUGAUUCGCUGGCGGGAAAUGCGCACGCCUUGUAACUACCUGAUCGCUAACAUCAGCGCCGCUGACCUCAUAGUCACUCUGAUGCUGUCGCCGCUUAGAGUCGUGGAGCAGUACACUCGAGGCUGGAUUUUCGGGGAGGUGCUGUGUUACGUGUUUGCGCCUCUGCAAGACGCUCUCGUCUCCGUGUCUGUGUUUACAUUCACGGCAAUCGCUCUUGAGAGAUACCGCGCCAUCAUACACCCGUUCAAGCCAAAACUUAAUAAAUCUCAAGUAAAGGUUCUUAUUGCGCUGAUUUGGGUUUUUUGUUACUCGGGCACUGGUCUUCCUCUGGCUUUCUUCGUCACGUACGCCAAAAAGGGACAAGGUUACCUCUGCUUUGCCGCUAUUCCAAAGGAUUACUUCUAUAUAUUUGCACUGUAUUUAGUGAUCGUCUUUAUUACCUUACCGCUACUGCUUCAGAUGGUUUGCUAUGGCCGCGUCAUCUGCGCCUUAAAAGCAAAAGACGCCAUUCAGAAACAUGACAACAGCGACUCUCUGGUUCAACGAGAAGUUUCCAGGCAAAGACUGGACAAACGAAGGCGACUGGUCAAGAUGCUUAUUGUGCUAAUGGCUGUAUUCCACGUUUGUUACGUCCCACGUGGGGUCAUCAUGCUAAUAACCGAAUUCGCGCCAUUUCUGAGGCAUUCUAUCGCGUUUGCAUUCGCCGACAUAUCCACCAUGUUGCUCUACUAUAUCAAGCACAUCAUGAAUUCCAUCAUCCUCUGCUGGAUGAGUGCAGACUUUCGCGGAUGUUUCGCAGGAGUCUGCUGUUGUGGUCAGCGUAAGGAGCAUGCGCGAAUGGGAUCAGAGCGGAUAAGGCUGACGUCUGCGGUGAAGGAUAAGUCGGCGGACUCAGAGCAAAGCAAACUGUGAGCAAAAUAUUGGCUGUGGCUUUACUAUGAAAAAUCAACCCGCUCUAGCUGCAGAGCCAGAACCUUUUUGGAAGGUGCUGACAAAGAUUUAAUGCUUACAAAGACUGUGGGACAUUUUAAUUUUGACGCUUAAUUGUAUACGAGUCAUGCAAAAGUGCGGAGGGGUGAUGGGUUUCCACCUCGUUGAUGGGGAUCGAUUUGUAUUCUUUCGCAAGGAUAGUUUUUGAGGUGUAAUCUUAACAAACCAAAAGCUUUGACUGACGCGCAGGAAUAAACACUGUUGUUGUUUUUGAAGAGUGACGAUGCCAGCGCACCUGCUGACCGCAGUAGUCAUUAGAUACAAUAAAAUCCCUUCUCUAAUUAGUUAUUUAUUGCAGUGAGAACGAAAUAAAGGAUUGCACCAUUAGGUGGCACGGAUCGUGCCACUUGAUGACGAAAACAGAGUUCUCAACAGUAUAGACAAGGGUCGGACCAUGUGAUAGUUGGGGCGGGGGAGGGGGGUAUGGAGGAGGACUGUUGCUCGAUUUUUUUUCUCGGACAGUGUAGCUGCCCGAUUUUUUUUCCCAAAAGAUGUGACGGGUUUUUUUCUGCCAGUCUUUUAAAAUUACAAUGUUUGCACGAUUUUUUAAGCCUUGCUCGAAUCUUUUUUGGGAGGGAAUCAGCCACCCCCACCCCGUCAAAUGUCAAUGGUCCGUUCCCCUAAUGUAAUCUGUAUAAAGACCAAAUAAAAAGGAUGUAUGUAUG